GAUGUGAGACGGGAUAUCAAGGUAAAUGUUGCUCCAGGCCUUGUCGAUUUCCUAGUUAUGGUGAUUGCUGCCAGAGUGAAUGUAACUGUGAAGAAAGAUUUUGUAUUCAUGCACAGAAUGCACAGAAGUACAUGUCUUGGAGAUAUACUUUUCUGUAUCUUGUUGUUGUUUUAAAAGAAUGUGGAUCUGGCUAUAAUGGAACGAAUUGUUCUUCAUUCUGUAUAUAUCCUUUUUAUGGUGACCAGUGUUUGCAGAAGUGUAACUGCACCAAGGAAUCGUGUGAUAAUGCUCUAGGAUGCAUAGACGAAAAACCCAUGAGCCUCAAGGGGGCUUCGCCCCCUGAACCCCCUUCAUUAAAAGUAUG